GUUAAAUUCGGAGUCACGAGUGCGCUCAUCCAAACCAGACUCAAGAGGCCCCGGAGUCGGGCUUGCUGGCCACAUGUUGUGCUGCCCUCACGAAUUCAAAUUCAUGCUCGCCAUCCUCGCCGUCGUCCUCAUCGUUCCUCUCUGCUCCCGCCCUCCAGGCACCCUUCAUCGCCUUGCUUCCACUUAUAAUAAUAGUACUCCUACAUAGCGUCGCUCGUGCUUCUUCUAUCCUCGGCAAAGACUUCCUUCGCAGCACUAUCACUAUCACCCCACUCUCCUUUCCUGCACUGUGCAGGUUCAGCCCAGCCAGCGUCCACCGGCACCAUGAUCGAGACGCAAAACGGCUCCCGGACGCUGCCCUACCAUGUACUGGACCGGGUCCCCCUCAGGCCCAUGCCCACGGCCGCCUUCAUCGGCUACCACCCUUUCCCGCCAGUAAUGAACCUGUACGCGAACUACUCCUCCGGCGUUAUCAGCGCGAUCAAGAGCCACAAGCUCUGCGGCGCAACCCCCAACGACUUCCUCUACCUGGUCGAGUACCACAUCGGCUACACCGCCAGGGGCCCCCUCAACUUUGGCCGGGGGUACUAUCUGCGCAACGGCAUGACGUUCAAAGACCCCAUCCUCGCUGCUACCGGCGAGAAGUCCCAGCUGCCCCUCCUUGGCGCCCUGUUUGAAUCCGAGACCCUUGUGAAGCUGCCUCCGCCCGAUAUGAACCAGAACCCGCGUGACAUGGUGGACGAAGUGCUGAGGACAGAGAUCAGCCGGGAGCACGGCGUCACCUUCCGGUUCUCAAUCGAGGUCGGGACCAGGUGGUUGCGGAGGGAGACCUUUGAAUGGAGGAAAGUGACGGGGACAAUAGGGAGGCGAGACCCCGGCGGCCACAAGGUCCGGGCUCGGUACACGCUAGAACGCCUCCCCCUGAACCCUCGCGCCCCUUCGACAACAGUAGCCGAGCUCUCCUUCAACGACGUCUUGUCAUUCACACAUCUCUUCACCCUGGAACUCAAGGGCGCCGGGCUAACGGGCGAGCUGGGGGACCGUUGGACCCUCAUGGUCGUGACAACAGCUCUCAGCCUCCAUUUGCUGCGGCAGCUCGGCAAGGCGGAAAAGGUCUCGGGUCUCGGGGCUGCAGAGAAGGUCGAUGGCACGUAGAGAGGAUUCUUCUUUUUUUGAAAUUGUUUUGUGGGGCUGAUUAAGGCUGUCCUGGGAUACGAUAAUGGCUGGCGAGGUGAAGGUUUAGGUGUCUUUUCAGAUAGUUAUACCAUCAUGAUUUCUGGUGUGGGGGUGUUUAACCCGGCACAGGUUUCGUGUAAAUACGUCAAUGUAAUAUAUUUUUUUCUUGGGG